CUCUUCCAAGAUGGCGGCUCGUCCGUCGCGAGCUGCCGGGCCGGGGGGAAGCCUGCGAAGCCUAGUACAGCCGCCGCCCGGGACUGGACCGAAGGAGCUGUCGCCGCCGUUGGCGGCGGCUCGGGCCCUUUUCGCUGCUGCUACGGCUGUUGCCAUGCGGCGAGGCUAGGGAGGAGCGCACUUCCGCGGGGUGUAAUAAUGUUAACAGAGACCAGUCUGUCCAUAUGGGGAUGGGGAAGCCUUGGCAUUGUUCUUUCUUUAAUAACCUUUGGACCCUUUGUGAUACUUUACUUGGCAUUUUAUAUCCUCUGCUUUGUGGGUGGGGGUUUUGUGGUUACUCUCCUAUUUGGAAAAACGAACUCAGAGAAAUACCUAGAACAGUGUGAACACUCAUUUCUUCCUUCAACAUCAACUGGGAUUGCUAAGUGCUUAGAAGAAAUGAAACGGGAAGCCAGGACCAUAAAGAUUGAUAGAAGAUUGACGGGUGCCAAUAUAAUUGAUGAACCUCUUCAACAAGUUAUCCAGUUUUCUUUAAGGGAUUAUGUCCAGUAUUGGUAUUAUACACUAAGUGAUGAUGAAUCCUUCCUUCUUGAGAUUAGGCAGACUCUUCAAAAUGCACUCAUUCAAUUUGCUACAAGGUCAAAGGAAAUAGAUUGGCAGCCUUACUUUACUACACGCAUUGUAGAUGAUUUUGGCACACACCUUCGAGUAUUCAGAAAGACCCAACAGAAGAUAACAGAGAAAGAUAAUCAAGUAAAAGGUACAGCAGAGGACCUUGUAGCUACCUUCUUUGAAGUUGAAGUUGAAAUGGAGAAGGACGUUUGCCGUGAUCUAGUGUGCACUUCUUCCAAAGAUGAAGAAGGUUUUCUAAGAGAUUUGUGUGAGGUCUUAUUAUAUUUAUUGCUACCUCCUGGAGAUUUCCAGAACAAGAUCAUGCGAUACUUUGUCAGGGAAAUUCUUGCACGAGGAAUUCUUCUCCCUUUAAUAAAUCAACUCAGUGAUCCUGAUUAUAUUAAUCAGUAUAUCAUAUGGAUGAUCCGAGAUUCUAAUUGCAACUAUGAGGCCUUUAUGAACAUUAUUAAAUUGAGUGACAAUAUUGGAGAACUAGAAGCAGUCAGAGAUAAGGCAGCAGAAGAAUUACAGUAUCUUCGAUCUUUAGAUACUGCUGAUGAUGAUAUCAACACUAUCAAAAAUCAAAUAAAUAGCUUAUUAUUUGUAAAGAAAGUAUGUGACUCAAGAAUUCAGCGGUUACAGUCUGGCAAAGAAAUAAAUACUGUGAAACUGGCAGCAAACUUUGGAAAACUUUGCACAGUCCCCCUGGACAGCAUUCUUGUAGACAAUGUGGCACUACAGUUUUUUAUGGAUUACAUGCAGCAAACUGGAGGUCAAGCACAUCUCUUCUUCUGGAUGACAGUGGAAGGAUACAGGGUUACAGCUCAGCAGCAGUUAGAAGUUUUAUUAAGUCGUCAGAAAGAUGGGAAACAUCAGACCAAUCAAACAAAAGGUCUAUUAAGGGCAGCUGCUGUUGGAAUUUAUGAACAGUAUUUAUCAGAAAAAGCAUCUCCACGAGUUACUGUGGAUGAUUACUUGGUAGCAAAAUUAGCAGAUACUUUGAAUCAUGAAGAUCCUACCCCUGAAAUUUUUGAUGACAUUCAAAGGAAGGUAUAUGAACUGAUGCUACGUGAUGAAAGAUUUUACCCUUCCUUCAGACAGAAUGCACUUUAUGUGCGUAUGUUAGCUGAGCUGGAUAUGUUAAAAGAUCCCAGUUUCAGAGGAUCAGAUGAUGGUGAUGGAGAAUCUUUUAAUGGGUCUCCUACAGGAAGCAUAAAUUUGUCUUUAGAUGACCUUUCAAAUGUAUCUACUGAUGACUCAGUACAGCUUCAUGCUUACAUUUCUGAUACUGUAUAUGCUGAUUAUGACCCAUAUGCUGUGGCAGGCGUUUGUAAUGAUCAUGGCAAGACAUACGCGUUGUAUGCCAUCACUGUUCAUCGACGCAAUCUCAACAAUGAAGAGAUGUGGAAAACCUAUCGUCGUUAUAGUGACUUCCAUGACUUCCACAUGCGAAUCACUGAACGGUUUGAAAAUCUGUCGAGCAUAUUGAAACUUCCUGGUAAGAAGACUUUUAACAAUAUGGAUAGAGAUUUUUUAGAAAAGAGAAAGAAAGACCUAAAUGCAUAUUUGCAGUUACUCUUAACUCCUGAAAUGAUGAAAGCAUCCCCAGCUUUGGCUCAUUAUGUGUUUGAUUUCCUCGAGAACAAAGCCUACAGUAAAGGGAAAGGAGAUUUUGCUCGAAAGAUGGACACUUUUGUAAACCCACUUCGCAAUUCUAUGAGGAAUGUUUCAAAUGCAGUCAAAUCCCUUCCUGAUAGCUUGGCAGAGGGAAUGACUAAAAUGUCAGAUAACAUGGGUAAAAUGUCAGAAAGAUUAGGUCAAGAUAUAAAGCAAUCAUUUUUUAAGGUGCCUCCUUUAAUUCCAAAGGCUGAUUCAGAUCCUGAACAUUGUCGAGUCUCAGCUCAACUUGAUGAUACUGUGGAUGACAAUAUUCCACUGAGGGUAAUGCUGCUUCUUAUGGAUGAAGUAUUUGACUUAAAAGAGAGAAACCAGUGGUUGCGAAGGAAUAUAAAAAAUCUGCUUCAACAACUUAUUAGAGCUACAUAUGGUGACACUAUAAAUAGAAAAAUUGUUGACCAUGUUGACUGGAUGACAUCACCAGAGCAAGUAGCUGAUUUAGUGAAACGUUUCAGAGAUGCCUUUUGGCCGAAUGGCAUUUUAGCAGAGACUGUUCCAUGCAGAGAUAAAUCUAUUCGAAUGAGAACAAGAAUUGCAGGAAAAACUAAAUUACUUUCAAUUAUGCCAGAUGAACUGAAGCACAUUAUUGGGGCUGAGACCACAAGGAAAGGUAUUCUUCGUGUAUUUGAAAUGUUUCAGCACAACCAGUUAAAUAGGAGAAUGGUUUAUGUCUUCUUGGAAGGCUUUUUGGAAACCUUAUUUCCACAGUAUAAAUUCCGUGAACUUUUCAACAAACUGCAUUCACGGUCAAAGCAGAUGCAGAAAUAUAAACAUAAACUUCAAACUCAAGCGCCUUCUUUGCAAAAAAGGUGACCCUCCAAUCUAUGAAGCUGGUGUUCAUUUUGUCCAAGACUAAUGCUAUGGACAUCUUCUGGGGCUUAACUCAUACUAUUGUGUCUGCACCAGUCUUUAGUGUCUCAAAAUAGAUUAAUACAUCCAUAAGACUGUGAUUCUUCUCAUCCUUGUCUAUAAUUCAACCACUACAAGAGAGAUGUUUGUGUCUUAAAUGAUUUGGUGCAUAUUUUUGCAACAGUGAGAGGAUACUGCCCCCAUCUCAAGCAAGAAUGACAUCAGUCUCUUUAAACUAUUCAGCUUUCUCCAGCAGUGACAAAGUGCCAGAGUGUGUAUGUAAGAGCUAAGGAAAGCACAAAACAGUGGUUUGCAGAUAAAUUGGCUAAUUUAUUUAACAGUGGGGUACUGUGCAAUGUAUAAUUUGGAGGGAUUUGUUUUGAAUAAUGGUUUUAUAGGUUUUUGUCACAUAUUUAAUAUGGUGUGGAUUAGAUAGGUGAAUCUUUAGAGCAUCUGUUUCCAGUCUGGGGAUCAUGACAGAAUGUCCUUAAAGUAUAAAGUAACUUGCUAUCUGAAUUACAGUUUUUUGACUAUAAACAUUUUAAAAUGUUAUUCGUUGGCAUAAAUUUUUAAUUGGUUCCUUUGUGUUUUAAGGGCUCUAUUUUGCUCUUCUGAUAUGCAAUCAUACAUCUUCUUUUGGCAUUUUGUGUGCAAAAAGAAGCAUAUGGUGGCUCUCAUUUAAGUUUCAAAAUUAUUCCAGUUUUCUUUAUCCUGAGAUUACUGAUUAUACAGUAAGGGGUUUAAUUUGCUCAAAGAACUGCCAAAUACAUUCUGUCCUAAAAAACAUGAAAAGUAAAAAUACAAUACACUAUUUAAAGUUAUCGUUAGGUACAGUUUUAAAUUGUGUGAUCUAGAUAUACUUAGGUAAGUGCAAAAUUAGCCUAUAAAGGAAUUAAGUGAGCUUCUUUAGUCACAUGUAAACAUACAAAUUUUUAAUUCUAUUACAGUGUACAUAUAUGAAAAUAAUGAAAACAGAUCCUAAUAUUUUUUAAAAUAUGCUUUUAUUUAUAUUUUGCAUAAUGUAAAAUUCUACUAACUAAAGCAAGUUGGCGAAAACCCUUAAUGUAUACAUUUAAGUCCCUAAAAUAAUUUUAUACCAACACCAAAAAAAAAUAACUUUUCCAGUUUUGAAGACUGCAUUUCCUAUAGUUUUCUUGUUUUUUGUUGUCCAUGUAGGAAGAGCUCAUAUCCCCUGUAUGCAGAACUUCUGCAUAGUUUUAAAUAUUUUCACUGACUAAGGGUUUGGAUAUGUCAGCCUUUUUAGUUUCAAGAAUAUUAAACACUAAAACCUUAAUAUAGUAAAGCUACUUAUCAGACCACUGAACCAAGAUCCUGGUAUUAAAAGAACAUCUGGGUGCUUAAGACAAAAGGACAGAGUAUUGGUAUCCCAGUUAUUUGGGAGCUUUAAGAUUGGAACAAGAUAUUAUCGUUUGGUUUUCACUGAGAUCCUGCUUAAACAGUGAAACCUAUUAAUAGAAUAAAGCGUUCCUUUAGAGCUUUAUAAUCAUAUUUAUUAAUAAUGCUGUUGUGCAUACUUAUUGUAUGCAUGAAUUCAGCAUGUCUUGCAUGUCUUCAGAAUUACAUAAGUGAAAAUUCCUUUCAUUUUAAUUUACAGAUGAGCAAAGAUCCUUAUUUUCUGUAAUGAAAAAAAUACUUCUUUUCAUUGUCUCCCUGCCCAGGCCCCUCCCCAUGCCCCAGAAUGUAAACGUGAAGAUAUGUGAAACAUGUCUAUAGGGAACAUCAGCAUGGCUCUAAGUGCAAUGAAUUUUCAAAUAUGCCCUUGCCUGUUUCAAGUAUAUUUUUGACAUGAAUAAAUCUAAUACUAUACAGAAGAAUUCAUGUAAAAACCUAAUAUAUAGGUGUGAAAAAAGUGUUUCUAGAUAAUAUGAGAAAUGCUGACCAUUAACCAGGGAAAUAAAGGUCAUGCAAGAUUUCAAAUUUUCAUAACAGAUCCCUGCAAGGUAACUGCAAUCAUACCAAAAACUAUUUGAAUAAAUGGGUUUUUAAAAUGUUAUUUGUUUAAAAGAGUAUAUAUUUCAAACACAGAAAUGUCAAAUGGCAGUCUGUAAAUGGUUGUGCAUCUUCUCUAUGCACAUUUAUGGUUUACAUCAGAGGGAGCUGUGGUCAUACUAAAAUUAAUGAUACUUUUUGAAUGACUUGGUCAAGCCGUGUAUAAAAUAUUUAACCCAUAAGUCAAGUACAGUGUACUAUGUUUAAAGUUAUUACAUUAAUGCAUUUACUGCAUCUAUGAAUAUAUACAUGAAGAAGCUUUAUGUCUUCAGAUAUUUGACUUUUAAAUGUGAUUUUAAGUCAUAGGUGCCUUUAGGCAUGGACUUUCAAAAUUAUCAUUCUUUGUUUCAGUUUUCUGAUUUUUCAGGUAACACAUAAGCUACUUAGAAAAACCAUCACUGCUAACUUACAGUUCACCUAAAAUAUUGACUCUAUGAUUUCAGUAUAGCACUUAAAUGGGCAUUGCCUACAAUUAAGAUGUUCUGAAUAGUUGCUGGAAAUAAUUGUGCCACUUGACCAAUGGAUGCACUUGGUUAGCCUUAAUUUUUUUUCCAAAAACACUUAAAAUUUCUGAAAUAUUUUAGUUUGUUCAUUUUAAGUUUGUAUUGCUGGUAUUUGGGAAGGAAAUCACGGUUCAGUGCUUUCAGAGAGUGAACCAUUUUUUUAAAAAAAUUAAGAAUAAUAAUUUUCACGGUCUAAAAUUUUAAUUUUGUGCAAUAUUUUUGUUUAAUGCAUGUGUAUUUGAGUAAUUGUAAAAUAAAUGAAUUUUUAAUGUUUUGAGAUCAAGUUUAAACUGUCAUCUUAACUCAACAACUUACAUUCCGUUGUUGCAUUAUUUUAUUUAAGGACUUGUUUUAAAAGUCUUUAUUGUCACAUCUUGUAAAAUUUCUUUGUUAUUAGUAAAUUUUGCUUAUAGGAGCUUUGUUCCUAUAUUCAAGAGGAAAAUAUAAAGAGCACAUCUUAGGAUUUUAAUUGUUAAAAGAUAACUUGUGCAUAUCAUUGUACAUAAGUGUCAACUGUGUGCCUAAUUAUUCUAUCAAUACUUUCCUUCAACAAAGAAUAAACAACGGUCAGAAUGUUAUUUUUAUGGAGCUAAAAAUAUUAAAAUUUUUAUUUGGUUUGUGUUAUGUUCUGUCCAUUAGAAAUUACUAAUAAAGUAUUAACAAAU